AUGGGUCCGAGUACAGCGACCGUAGUGGAACAUCUUCCUGAAGAAUUACUCAGCAAGAUAGAUCCAAAGAUUUGGUAUCCGAUCUGGAUGGCUAGAUCUAUACUUCAACAAGCUCUUCUAGGUAUUGACUUUCUACAUCAAAUUGGUAUUGUCCAUGGCGAUAUACAACCCGGAAAUCUUCUUUUCCUAGCUACAGAUUUGGCAUCUGUGGAAGAGACUCGUCUUUCACAAAAAGAUGUCAUGCCUGAGUCAAUGGUAUCUAUCGAAAGACAGGAUGGAAAGGUUGAUCGUUGGGCUCCGAAGUAUCUAGUUCUUAAUCAGCCUUUAAUGGAGUUUGUGAAACUAGAUUCUAAUUUCGUCAUUAAAAUCUCAGAUAUGGGUGGAGCAUUUUUUAAAGACAAACCACCAAAACAUCUAGUCACACCAGUUAGUCUUCGCAGUCCCGAAACCAUCCUCAAAGAAGUACCCACUACCAAUCAAGACAUGUGGAGUUUUGGGUGUCUCAUCUUCGAAUUUAUAACCGGAAGACCACUAUUCGUAGUCGAUAACGCCGGCGAUGAAAAUGAAACCAAUGAUGAUCAUUUCCUACAAUUAUUCAGCACACUCGGACCUAUCCCAAUGGAUAUCCUAUCGAAAUGGAGCAGAGCAAAUAUUUACUUUAAUUCUCAUGGUGAAAAUAUUAAAAAUUAUAUUGGGAAUCUUCUAGAGGGAUUUGAUAUGAGUUUACUUGAGGAUCAACCUACGCUAGAAGAACUCUUUGAGCAGUAUAAACCAGUGGGGAUGGAGCGUGAGGAGUCGAGAGAGGUGAUGCGUAUAUUGAGAUGGAUUUUGCAGUAUGAUGCUAGUAAACGACCUUUGUCGAGUGAGCUUUUGAGGGAUCCUUGGUUCGUGAGAGUGGGUGGUGGGAUAUCUGAUUUUGUUGUUUGA